AGAUGUUUGACGGCUCGUGUCUCCAUGACAACAACAUCCCUGUCGAUAAACGUCACUCCUGUUCAUCGUAACAUGCUGUCAAAGGGAGGCUCGUUCAUCUGAGUAAAUACAGACUUCAAAUGGAGCGCAGCGUGAAGCGACGGCAGGUAAAGCCACUUGCUGCCUCUCUCCUGGAUGUUCUGGACUACGACAGCUCAGAUGACAGUGACUUCCAAGUUGGAGAUGCUUCAGGCUCUGAAGGCACAGGCAAUGGCAGUGAUGAGGACGAGUCUAAAGUGAGUGCUGCUGGUUCUGAAAGUGACUCAGAGAAUGCUGCUUCUGCAAAUGAUGGUAUAGAUGAAGAGGCCAAAGACCUUGUUGCUGAAGAUAACUUAACUGAGGAUGAGGAGAAGAAUAAACAGCAGCCUUCCUCAGAUAGCUUCUCUAAAGAUGCCCCUUCUGUUGCCGCAUCCAAAGGCAGACGAAAGAGCAAGAAAACAACAGAAUCAGGCCCCACUGCAGCUGAUGAAGCCGAAUCCGCCUCAGCUUCUGGAGGCAGCAGCGUGAAUGUUGAGGAGUCUUUGACGGAGCCUAAGAAAUGGAACUUUCGUAGGAAUCGGCCUCUGUUGGACUUUACUACCAUGGAAGAACUGAAUGAAAUAGACGAUUAUGAUAGUGAAGACGAUAACGAUUGGAGGCCCACCGCAGGAAAGAAGAAAGGCAAGACAGCUACUCAGAAAGGUGACUCAGAGGAAGAUGAAGGGGGUAGUGCUAGUGAUGAUGAUGAUGACGACGACGACGACGAUGAUGAUAAUGAUGAUGACGACGACGAGGAUGAUGAUGAAAAUGACGAUGAUAAUGGCAAAGAAGAUGGUGAUGACAAUAACAAUAGUAGCAGUGAUAGUGAUAAAGAGGUGAAGAAACCCAAGAAGAAGGUGAAGAGCAGCAGUGCCUUUGAUGAUGAACUGACCAAUGACAGCAUGUCCCAAGGAAAGGGUAAUGAGGAUACGUUGCUCGACCAUACGCAGACCUGGAACACUCAACACAUCCUCAUCUGCUGUGUUUGCUUAGGAGACAACAGUGAGGACGCAGAUGAGAUCAUUCAGUGUGACAACUGUGGGGUGACCGUGCAUGAAGGGUGUUACGGUGUGGACGGUGAAAGUGACUCAAUUAUGAGUUCAGCCUCUGAAAACUCAACCGAGCCGUGGUUCUGUGACGCGUGCAAGAACGGAGUGACUCCCAGCUGUGAGCUGUGCCCAAACCAAGAUGGCAUCUUCAAAGAAACAGAUGCUGGAAGGUGGGUGCACGUGGUCUGUGCACUUUAUGUGCCUGGAGUAGCUUUUGGAGACAUCGAUAAACUGCGACCAGUGACGCUUACCGAGAUGAAUUAUUCAAAAUAUGGAGCCAAGGAGUGCAGCUUCUGUGAAGAUACUCGUUUUGCCAGAACUGGAGUGUGCAUCAGCUGCGAUGCAGGAAUGUGUCGCUCUUACUUUCAUGUCACUUGUGCACAGAAAGAGGGACUUCUAUCUGAGGCUGCAGCCGAAGAGGAUAUCGCCGAUCCGUUUUUUGCUUACUGCAAACAGCACGCAGACCGUUUUGAUAGGAAGUGGAAAAGGAAGAAUUACCUGGCUCUGCAGUCUUAUUGUAAGGUGUCCCUUCAGGAGAGAGAGAAGCAGCUCACACCUGAAGCUCAGGCCAGAAUCUCCACCCGCCUGCAGCAGUACCGAGCUAAAGCAGAGCUCUCCAGGAACACGCGACCUCAGGCCUGGGUGCCCCGCGAGAAACUGCCUCGACCUCUGACCUCGAGCGCCUCAGCCAUCAGGAAGUUGAUGAGGAAGGCAGAACUGAUGGGCAUCAGCACAGACAUUUUCCCCGUGGACACGUCUGAUGCCAACGCCAGCAUGGAUGGACGCAGAAAACACAAGCAGCCUGCCCUCACUGCAGACUUUGUCAACUACUACCUCGAGCGGAACAUGCGAAUGAUCCAGAUCCAGGACAACAUCUCUGAGCAGAAGAACUUAAAAGACAAACUGGAGAGUGAACAAGAAAAACUUCAUGUGGAGUACAACAAGCUCUGUGAGUUUCUGGAGGAUCUGCUGAACGUGAAUGGAACGUUGCGAACUGAAGGCCAGGCCAUGUGGACUCUGCUGGGGGGCAUCGUGGGCCAGAAACUAAACACUCCUGCAAUUUUAAAAGCUCCAAAAGAAAGAAAGCCGAGCAAGAAGGAAGGAGGAACACCUGGGAAGUCGUCCAGCCUGCCGGCAAUACUUUACAGCUGUGGAAUCUGUAAGAAAAAUCAGGACCAACAUCUGCUGGUGCUGUGCGACACAUGCAAGCUCUAUUAUCACCUGGGCUGCCUGGAGCCGCCGCUAACACGAAUGCCCAAGAAGACCAAGAACAGCUAUUGGCAAUGCUCAGAGUGCGACCAGGCCAGCAGCGAUGAGGCGGACAUUGCCAUGGAGACUUUGCCUGAUGGCACCAAGAGGUCUAGGAGGCAGAUAAAAGGACCAAUCAAAUUCAUCCCACAAGAGAUGUCACCAGAACCUAAGAAACAGCAAGUGAGAGGCACGAGAACCAGAGGGCAGAAGAGAAAAAGAGUUUCCAUGGCUGAAGACAGAGAAGAGAAAUUCGAGGAACCACUGCCUCGAGAGCGCAGACAGCGCCAGUCUGCAGUGCCAAAAAAACCCAAAACUGACGACACGAGGACUGAGUGUACGACCUGCAAAGGACCAGGCGACAACGAAAAUCUUGUGAGGUGUGACGAGUGCCAACUCUGCUACCACUUUGGGUGUCUGGACCCCCCACUGAAAAAAUCUCCCAAACAAACGGGAUAUGGCUGGAUCUGCCAGGAAUGUGACACAUCUUCAUCUAAGGAGGAGGAGGAGGAGGAGGAGCAGCUGCAGGAGAACGAUUCUGUCACACAGGAAGCAGCAGAGCAGGAGGUUCCAAACUGAAGCUGAUCAUGGACUCCUCACCUCCACUCUUUGCCUUUUCUCUUCAGACUAUAGCACAGAAAACUUUCUACUAGCCUCCCAAAGUUUGGACUCAGCCAGCAGCUCCACUCUGCAAACUUUAACAACUAGAGAUGUAUUUUAGAAAACACUAUUCAGAUGAUGAGAUUUUUAGUCUUGAGGGUAGAGUUUGUACUUCUUUUAGACGGGGCUAACCUGAUGGACAGUCCAUCUUCAAACAGUCGUUCAGCACCACAGAUACUUACAGUCUGUCUGACGUGUCUGAAACUCUCUGCAAUCUGUUUUCAGAUGUAAAUGAUCAAAAACGUGUUUAUAAAAUGAAGCAAGCACAUUAUGGCAGAACUUCGCUAAGCACACCUUGUACCUGUCUGACAUCAUCGGUGCUUUUUAUCUUUCAUGUG